AUGCCCGUUCCUGCACCUCAUCCUUGCACCACCUCUAAGAGGACCUCUCCUCGUGCUCCUGCUCUCCUCGUGCUCCUGCUCCUCCUGCUUCCAGCUGGGCCUGGCUGGAGUGUCAGGCUGGAGGCAGGACCUGGAGCUGGGAGUGGACCAGAGGCUGGUACAGUUACCAGGACCAGGGUUAGAGCUGGCUCUAGAGUUAGGUUGGAGACUGCGGAUGAGGCCGUGGCUGAAGAUAGAGCUGGUGCUACCAUCCUGUCCGUCAGCAGUGAAGGGCAGUGGGAGCCCCGGAGCUCCUCCCGCUGUGUGCCCAUCCCGGCGGGCAUGGCCCUCUGCCAGAACAUCGGCUACGUCACCAUGAGGAUGCCCAACCUGCUGGGGCAUGAGUCGCCAGGCGAGGCCGUCCAGCAAAGUGCCAGCUGGCUGCCCCUGCUCGCCCGGGAGUGCCACCCCGAUGCCCGCAUCUUCCUCUGCUCGCUGUUCACACCCAUCUGUCUGGACAGAUUCGUUUCUCCGUGUCAGAGCCUGUGCGAGUCAGUGCGGGACAGCUGCGCGCCCAUCAUGGGUUGCUAUGGUUACCCCUGGCCAGAUAUCCUUCGCUGUGACCAGUUUCCUGCCAACCACCUCAUGUGUAUCUCCUCUGUCACCAACACCAGCACAGGAGGGCGCAGAGUGCCCCAGGCUAGCUGUCGAGACUGUGAACUGGAGGAGGCCUCGUCUGCUAAGGACGUGCUGGAAACUUUCUGUAGGAGUGACUUUGCGGUGAAAUUGCGUCUCACGCAGCUAAAAUCCAGUCAGGUGAGUUUGGCCCAGUUCUCCCUGGCCUCUCGUCUGCAGGUUCUGAAGCACGGGCCUCUCCUGGGAGGCCAGAUCCGCUCCCGCCUGCAGCUGUGGCUGGAGAGAGACGCCAGCUGUGUACGGAACAUGACGCGGCGUCAGCCCCAAGGCGGGACCUUCCUGGUGACGGGCACGGUGCAGGGGGAAUGGCUGGUGGUCAACAAGGCCUUUGCCUGGAACAAACACGCCAGGAACCUGAUGGCUGCUGCCCGCAAGUGGAAACAGCACCGAUGUAGAGGCUAGCAGGGGCUCUGGCUAGGAGCUAAACUUGAGGUCUGAAAUGGAUCUGAGCAGAGCUGUAGGCCUAGGUGUACAGAGUCAGGGAUGUGAUUAAAACACCAUAUGACAUCAGCAGAGAGAGAGGAGGUUGUUUGGGGGAGGGUACAUUUCUAUGAUAGACUUCCUGGAUUUGAAUCACAUCCUUGGACAGCUGGAUGUUUCAGAGAGCACCAUCCUGAGCUCAGGACAGGACGCUGCAAAGGACAAUACCUUCUGUGUUUCCUGCAAAUGUACAUAUCUAGAAAUUAUAAGUAAAUAUCACUGAUCUAUAUUUGUAAGAGGUUGACUGGAAUUAAAUUAGUGUUUUCAAAGUGUU